AUGAUUGAGUACGGUCUUACACAAAAUAAAUGGAUUGAUGAUAUGUUUGCGAUGAGAUCCAUGUGGAUUCCAGCUUUUUACCGGCACGAGCCAAUGUCUAGACUUAAGAGAACAAUAUCGAGAUCAGAGAGUGAGAACCAUUUUUUUUGCCAGGUGGCUAAUUCACAACUCACUCUUGUAGAGUUUAUGAAUCAUUUUGAUGGUGUAAUGGAUGUCCAAAGGUUCAAUUAUAGAAAGAAUGAUCACAUUUCAAGAUAUACUGAGCCUAAUGAUUGGAGCCAAACUACUUUGGAAAAAGAUGUUGCUAAGAUAUACACCAGGUCUAUAUUCUUUGAUCAGCAAAUAGAGAUAUAUGGAACUAUUACCAAAUGUCUGCCGAUGGACACCAAAAUCGAGGGUCCACAGAUAAGGAUAUCGUUGAAAGACUUUAAAGCUCAUGGAGAUGGGUUAUUAGAGGUGUGUUUCAAGAAUCUUGAAAAUGAUAUAACUGCACAGUGUAGCUGUUUGCGUUUUGAACAGUAUGAGCUGCUAUGUAAACACAUCUAUUUUCUUUUCAAGAUGUUUGGUGUUAAAGAAAUACCAAAGAAAUACGUUAUGAAGAGAUGGACAAAGGAUGUGGUUCCGAAUGAAUUAAAUGCCACGUUAGAUGUAAAGGUGAAUGAUAAGGAUGAGCAACAGAAGGCUAAACAGAUUGCUCGUGAAAUCAUCUACACAGGGGAGUAUUUGGUUAGCAAUUUGAUUUCCAACCUUGAUCAACUUGUUUUAGUGAGGGAUCAAAUGAAGCAGAUUAAAGAGAAAGUUGAUCAGAGUCGUAUAACCAAGCAACUUGAUCCAAAGUUUGACCGGUUUUCAAAGUUGAUUGGUUACCAACAACUAGUAACUAAUGCACUUCCUACUAUCUGUGUGCCGGCUGGUAUAAGAAACAAAGGACGUGGCUCGCAUAAAAGGAUUAAAUCAAAGAAGGAACAAAUGAUUAGCCGCAAAGGAAAAAGGUCAAGGACAUGUAGUGUAUGCAACGAAAAAGGUUAUGAUAUUCGGACUUGCGAGAUACUGAAAGGCAAACAACAAAAGAAGAUGAAGGGAGUCCAGAUUGAAAAAGAUCCCAGACACAAAGCCAACGAGGUCGAAGACGAUGAAGAGGAAGAUGAGUUUAAAGAUUACAGUGGAAGUGGUGAUGAUGGCACUGUAGUAGAAGUUCAGUGA